AUGACUUCGGGGUCCAAACAGAGCGGCGCCCCUUGGACUCCAAAAAUUACUCUGGAGGACAAGCCAGUCCUGUCCACUGACAGUGCCGAUAAUAUAAAUGUCGGCGUAGCACUCAGUACAGCUCUGCUUCUACCAGGGGACUUGGAGCGUAAUGUUGGUUUUAGCGAGUAUGAAAAUUACGCCCUAAUGCUUCAACACUCUGUUCAGGUAUCACCAUCAUCAUCCAAUUUCUCCGCCAUUGCUGUCAAGCCUAAGCUUUCUCUUCUCUCUUUGCCCUCAACUGAUACACCGCUAAAAGCCCUAAAACCCUCUCGAUCAUCUACUAUUAGGGUUUUUGCUGCACCUGAAGUCUUGGAUUCCCAAGAAACCAUAGAUGGUCCUGACUCUUCUGCGCCUGAGGUUGGAGGAUUGGUGGUUUCUGGUUCGUCGCCGCUCAGUAUUGGGGCCGAUGCUGAGAAGAUGGCACCGAAGCAGAAAAUUAGGAUUAAACUUAGGUCAUAUUGGGUGUGACUGAUAGAGGAUUCAUGCAAGCAAAUAAUGGAUGCUGCAAGGACUACCAAUGCAAAGACCAUGCAUCCUGUGCCGUCACCAACCAAGAAGGGAAUUUAUUGUGUACUUAAAUCUCCUCACGUCCACAAAGAUGCCAGGUUCCAUUUUGAGAUCAGAACUCAUCAGCACCUCAUUGAUAUUCUAUACCCGACUGCCCAAACGAUUGAUUUCUUGAUGUAGCUUGACCUUCCUGCUGGGGUUGAUGUGGAAGUCCAGCUCUGAGAAAGCAUUGCUGCAGCUUCAAUGAGCACUGUAUGUUCACACUUCUUUAUUUGAGAUAGGUUAGACACCCACUCUUAGAACUGUAUAUGAGAAUUCCACCUCAUACAGCCCAAGCAAAAAAACACUCAAAUACUAGUUCCAAUGGAUAUGUAACUGAACGUUUGAAACUUCUUAAUCUUUGAUUCAAUCUUUUCUAUGGUGUAAGAAAAUUGAGAAAGCUCUUCUUUGUGGCAAUAAUGCCAAAUUAUCAAGUUGGUUCAGUUGUCUUUAUCUUGAUCUUGAUCUUGAUCAUAGCUAAAAAAGAGCACUAUAUUUUCCUACUGGCA